ACAUGAAACACUGAUUGAACAAUAUAGUCUUGGGCAACUUAAUGGCCGAAAAAGUGGUAGUAGUCAUGGAUAUUGAUCAUGAGGAAGAAAGUGUCUAUAGUUCCGAGAGCCACAAAAACCACUUGAUCUACCAAGUAGUCAUGAUGAUGAGGAGAGAAAGGAGCACUCCAGUCGCACUAUUACCUUUCUGAAGCACUUAAUAAACGACUUAAUCUCCUUCAAGGUCAGUAUAUAUAUAAUUGUAUAUUAUAUAAUAUGAUUAUACAUUUAUGGUUGUUAUAAUUUACCAGGUUUGGAAGGCAUCAUUGGCAGAGCUAAUUGGCACGGCAGUGCUGGUGUUUGCACUAGACACAAUAGUGAUCAUUUCCUCAUAUGACGAGACCAAAUCAAAUUACACACCACCAAACCUUAUUAUAAUCUCAAUCCUAAUCUCACUCACCUUAUCGACUCUUCUCCUCGCCACCACACCCGUCUCCGGCGGCCACCUCAACCCGGCCAUAACGUUAUGCGCCGUGUUCUUCCGCAUCAUCACCCUCUCACGCGCGCUCAUUUACAUUUUCACUCAGUGUGCUGGAGCGGUGCUAGGCGCAUUAGCACUUAAGCUCGUGGUGAACAGCACCACUGAACAGACGUACUCGCUAGGAGGGUGUACACUCACCGUCAUCACUCCUGGGCCUAUUGGGCCUGUGGUUGUCGGUAUUGGGCUGGCCCAGGCUCUGUGGCUUGAAAUCAUUUGCUCGUUUGUGUUUCUAUUGGCUUCAGUGUGGGCCACAUUGGGCUUCGACCACCGCCAGGCCCAGGCCCAUAAAAAAGCUUUGGUCAUGCUCUUAGUUGGGUUAGUAGUGGGGUUGUUGGUGUUUGCCUCGGCUAAGGUUAUAGGGGCAACGAGAGGUUACGCCGGGGCUGGAAUGAACCCAGCUAGGUGUUUGGGUGCGGCUCUUGUGCGUGGGGGUCAUCUUUGGUAUCGACAUUGGGUAUUUUGGGUUGGGCCCACUAUUUCUUCCUUGGCUUUUUAUGUGUACACAGAGGUAUUUCCACGUGGAAGCUAAAAGCAUCAUUUCAUCAACUGAAAAUGUCUUACAUAUGAUAUGAUAUGAUGAUGAUUAUGUAUGGUAUUUGUAAGUUGGAUUAUUUCUUUAUAUAUUUUUCAAGUGAAAUGUGUUCAUUGGCCAUGAAUAAAUUUUUGGUAUAUUCUCUCA